GCCUCGUCAAAUAGAGAUAGAAAGAGAGUAGGAGUUGAGAAUCUGUGAGGAAGAUGUCAAUUUCUACCCAUUUUAGCUGUUCCAGAAGCUUUUCCAUAAUAAAACCCCCCUUUCUCACCGUCCUUAGCCUCAAAUCACACUCUAUUACACUUCAAUUCAACCCCACUCACCUCAAACAUUCUUCGCAAAACCCUAAACUUCUCUCGAUUAAGCACCUGUACCAUCGAAAUGGGUCACGUUGUCUGGAUUCCAAGGGAGUCAAUGAUUCAGCUGAGGAACCCAAGUCGGAUGUGGACUCGGACUCUGGUGGCGAUGGCGGAGACGGCAGCGGAGGAGAUGACUCUCAGGUAGAGAAGAAAGAUGGGUUUCUUCCGGAAUGGUUGGAUUUUACUUCAGAUGAUGCAAAAACAGUUUUCGCCGCAAUUGCAGUUUCGCUUGCUUUCAGGUCCUUCAUAGCAGAACCAAGAUUUAUUCCCUCCUUAUCCAUGUAUCCUACUUUUGACGUCGGUGAUCGACUAGUCGCAGAAAAGGUUUCUUACUAUUUCAGACAACCAUGUCCGAAUGAUAUAGUCAUCUUUAAAAGCCCCCCAGUCCUGCAGGAAGUGGGAUAUACUGAUGAUGAUGUUUUCAUCAAGAGAGUUGUAGCAAAGGAAGGUGAUGUUGUAGAGGUUCGCGAAGGGAAACUGAUAGUUAAUGGCGUAGAACGAAAUGAAGAAUUUACUUUAGAAGCUCCGAAAUAUAACAUGACACCAAUUCGUGUUCCUGAGAAAUCAGUGUUUGUGAUGGGUGAUAAUCGUAACAAUAGCUACGACUCUCAUGUCUGGGGUCCCCUUCCUGCGAAGAACAUAAUAGGAAGAUCUCUAUUUCGGUAUUGGCCUCCAUCAAGGAUUGGCAGUACACUUCUUCAAGAAGCCUGUGUUGUUGAGAAACAGGACAACAACAGUUCGGCGCCACAAUGAAUUAAUUAUAAAAUUAUGAAAAAAUGCAAUAUGAAUUUCACUUGUAGUUGCAAUGUAAUGAAUAUUUAAUAUUGAAUGUAGAAAAAAAUUAAAAGGUCUUCUACAAAUAUAUGCAAGAAUUUUGUUUGAAUUUGAUUGAUCUUCGGUUAUUAUCAUUUUUUAUUGUUAACGAACACGAGACAUUCCAUC